UAGCAAUACGAACCUUCGUGGUAUGCCCGAAGCAAAGGAGCAGCGAUCCGCUGCCGCGCUAUUUCGCCAUAUCGUAUUCACUCUUACCAUACUUGCAUUGCAUACAGAAUCUUUGCCAUUCCAUCAUUCCAUGCAAUGCACGUUCAACGCCUCCUAUAUGUGCUUCAUGCCCCUAUGAUCAAGCUUUCCUCGAUCAGCAGGAACCAUUCUUCUUCUGUCAAUCUGUCCUCUUUCCCAUUAUUAGACUUCAAUCUUUCAGCGUGACAGCAGGUUUCCCGACUUCCCAUGGCCAUGGCUUCGCGCGGAAGGCUCUGUAUUCUCACGGCCCUCCUCGUGGCCGCCGUGCUUGCGGCGCCGGCUGCGUCAGUGGCCGACGCGCCGUGGACUGGCGCCAGGCGCCACCGCCUAGCUCCGGCACCAGCGCCCGUGGGGCGCUCGCCCGCCAUGCCGCCGACCAAGGCGCACCACCUUGCUCCGUCGCCGAAGGCGCGGUCCUUCCCACCCGAAGGUCCCGCCCAGGCGCCGUCAUCGCCUGCUGAUGGCGCGACGAUUCCGUCGUCCGGUAUCACGCCGCCUGGCGCGGCGUCAUCGACUUCGCCGGUGGUCACUGCCAUGAUAGCGCCUUCUGAGCAACGUAGCAUCGCCGCGCCGGCUGCGUCUUCCUCGUGGACCUCCGCCUUCUCCUCCGUCGCAGGCAUGGUGGCCCUGAUGCUGCUCUGAGGCUAUUGAUCAGCCAGGUAUCUGAAUUAGUUGCGGUAGCAAGGAUCCCUGAAGUGGUGUCAUAUUUGUAGCGUCAACCAAUGUUCGCCAGAUCGGACAUGGUUUCGAGAUUUCAUUGUUUUUUGCAGAUGUCUUGAAUUUCUCGUUUCAAUGUCUCACGUUACCAAUUAACCCAACAAAACAAACAUCUUUUUAACGAUGAAGUGUUACCAUGGAUCCGGGAUACAGGAUGCUACGAUCUCAAUCUGGA